AUGGGUUUCCUUUCCUUAACAGCACGUACAGACACGGACUUUUACUGUAGUGGAAAAGGUACUCCAUAUUACCUGGGAAUCAAGGAGCAAAAUCUCUGUCUCUGCUGUACAGAAAUCCAGGGCCAGCCUGCUUUGCAGCUUAAGGAGGAAAAUAUCGUGAACCUAUGUGGGAACUUCAAAGGGCAGGAGCCCUUUCUCUUUUUCUGCAUCGAGGAGGUCUCCACUUUCGUCUUUCAGUCAGUCUCCUGCCCAGGCUGGUUCAUAGCUACCUCCUAUGGUGGGCAGCCCGUCACUCUCACCAAGGAGAGGGGCAAAACCGAAAACACUAACUUCUACUUAGAGGGCGAAAACUAA